AGCUGCAUCUCGUCUUUCAAGCCUCUUCCCCCGAACUAGGAAGGAGCUAUAUCACUGUCACAGCCUCACCUCUCACUCGCUCUCUCGCUCUCUCUCUCUCUCUCUCUCCGCCAGAUCUGGAAAUUUCCGAACCAUGAAAAGUUCUCAUCCAUUGGAUCUGUAUAUCUUCUGAUCCUCUGGAACCUAAAUUUCCAGCCGUUGGAUCGGAAACCGAUCAAAAUGAGGCGACCUGGGGAUUUCUUGGGAAGGCGCGGUCAUCGGCAGCUGAGGCAUCUGAGCAGUCGAAUGUGGGGGCUGGCCGGACGGUUGUCCGUUGCAAUCUUCGUCCUCUUCUUCUGCACCAUUUUGACGUUUUCUUCAAUGAAGGGAAACCGAACGGCGAUUCGAUCGGAGCAGAUCAAAUUGGAUGAGCUUUGGGGAACGGCUGCUUCUGCCGGUUGGAGGCCGUCCUCUGCUCCCCGAUCUGACUGGCUCCCUCCUCCAACUGAGAGCAAUGGUUAUUUAAGGGUUCGUUGUAAUGGUGGCCUAAAUCAACAACGCACUGCAAUAUGUAAUGCGGUUCUUGCUGCUCGAAUCAUGAAUGCAACACUUGUGCUGCCCGAAUUGGAUACGAAUUCCUUUUGGCAUGAUGAGAGUGGUUUUCGUGGUGUGUAUGAUGUUGAGCAUUUCAUCAAGUCACUGAGGUAUGAUGUACGGAUUGUUGAAAGUAUUCCUGAGAUUCAUGAACGUGGUAAGACCAAGAAGAUGAAAGCUUUUCAGCUUCGUCCCCCUAGAGAUGCUCCUCCCAGUUGGUAUACCACGGUUGCAUUGGAGAAGAUGAAGGAGCAUGGUGCCAUUUACCUCACUCCCUUUUCACAUCGUUUGGCAGAAGAGAUUGAUAACCCUGAAUACCAGAGGCUGAGAUGCCGAGUGAAUUACCACGCACUUAGGUUUAAGCCACACAUUAUGAAGCUAAGUAAUGCGAUAGUUAGUAAGCUUCGUGCGCAGGGUCACUUUAUGGCAAUACACCUUCGGUUCGAGAUGGACAUGCUUGCGUUUGCUGGGUGCCUAGACAUAUUUACCCCUCAAGAACAGAAAAUACUGAAGAAAUACCGGGAGGAAAAUUUUGCAAAGAAAGAACUUGUGUACAACGAAAGGAGAGCCAUUGGAAAAUGCCCCUUAACUCCAGAAGAGGUAGGUCUUAUCUUGCGAGCCAUGGGAUUUGACAAUUCCACACGUAUAUAUCUAGCUGCUGGUGAAUUGUUUGGUGGGGAACGUUUUAUGAAGCCGUUUCGAGCUAUGUUUCCUCACCUGGAGAACCACAACACAGUGGGCCCUGCCGAAGAGAUAGCUGACAAUACCCGUGGCCUGGUUGGUGCUGCAGUGGACUACAUGGUGUGUCUCCUUGCAGACAUUUUCAUGCCGACAUACGACGGCCCAAGCAACUUUGCCAACAACCUCAUGGGCCACCGCCUGUACUAUGGCUUCCGGACUACGAUUCAACCCAAUAGAAAAGCUCUUGCCCCUAUCUUCAUAGAUCGUGAGAAAGGCCGGACGGCCGGAUUCGAGGAAGCCAUCCGGAAAGUCAUGUCAAACACCAUAUUUGGUGGGGCCCAUGAGCGUGUCCGGCCCGAGUCAUUCUACACGAACUCGUGGCCUGAGUGUUUCUGCCAGACCUCACCACGGAACCCUGCUGACAAGUGUCCGCCGGAGAAUGUCCUUGAAGUUCUGAACAGCCGCUUGCAGGUUGAGGAAAGCGAGGAUUCAGAAUCUGAGAAUCCAUCAAAUUCAACUGGCACCGCGGAGUAACAAAAGAGGUUUAAUUGUGCGGUUGGUGGGGUUUUGUUUUCUUGUUUCUUUUUUCUUUUCUCCACCCGGGAAAGCAGUUUUUUACCAGACGAAUGAGAGAUGAAAGGAUGAGCUGUCUGCUGUAACUGAGUUGGGUAUUCUUUGGGAUUCGGAGCAUUGUUGAGUGGUUAUAAAUCGGAAAUUGGGGAAAUUGGGUUCCUGAGGGAUGAAUGUGGUACUGAUGUAUGCUUUGAAACACAAUAUGUAAUAUAGAAAUAGAAAACCUUUUGUAACCAUUUUUAAAAAACCAAUUUGGAGAAGAAAGUCAUGUAUCAUCUUGUGUUCUCUAUAUAUAGCACUAACUUCGUUGGACCUGUUGCUAGUGGAGAUUUACCUUU